ACUUCCCAGACUCAUGCGGCACCUGGUCCUGGGAGCCGUCCCCCGUCCAGACAGGCUGCAGAAGGCGGUGAGUGGGCUUCCACACCCCAUCCCCCUUUGGCCCACCCCUCACCUGCCCUGCUGUGUGGCAGGAGCCACGUCCCCGAGCCCUCUCCCCUUGGAGCAGCCAGCUAGGCCAGACAGGUGGGCGCCCAGUGGGUCCAGUGCGAAGGUGAAGUACUGGCCACCAUGCAGGGUAAGCUUCACUGGCGCGCCGGCCGGCUGGCACCACCACCAGCUCCAGCUCCUGUCACUGAGCAAGUGUUUGGUGGAGGAGGGAGGCUCGGACUGUCCCUUGGAUCCGGCAGGGUGUCCUCCCCUCCGCUCCCCUGUUGCUCAUGAAAGGGCAGGCGUCAGAAUGUUGCAGAUUUUGCACCCAGGUCCCUUCUGACUGGCCUGGCGCAGGGCAGUGGGAGGGGCGUGUACAGCCAGGGCCCUCUAGGCAGGGAGGAAGCGAGACAGAGGGAGUGGGGGAGGAGGGACCCCUGGGUGCCAGUGGGCACCGUAUCAGCAGGUGCCAGGCAGGGCCGUCCCCAGGGCAGGAGCAGCAUCUCCCUGGGCCCUGUUAUCAGUCGCAGAGUCCACAGGACGCUCCUCGGGUUAACGAGUAACCACACACCAUCUCCUCCACCCCCAAGCUACCCGUACCCACUUGCAGGCCGUUCUCAGGGGUCACAGGCUGACAUGGACCCCGGGAAAGAGGGCCUGCCCCGAAAACCUCGCUUCUCAGCUCAACUGCACGUCGGCAAGUGGCUGAGCCCCUUCUUCUUCACCUGCGCCGUCUACUUCCUCCUCUGGAUCCCCGAUGACCAGCCGUCCUGGGUCGGCGCCCUGGUCAAGUGCCUGCCCGUCCUCUCCCUGGUGGUGUUUCUGCGGGCCGCGGACGCCGGCAGGGGCUACAGCGCGCGGCUGCAGGGGGCCCUUCUGUGCUCAGCUGUGGGGGAUGCCUGCCUCGUCUGGCCCGAGGCCUUCCUCCAUGGCGUGGCCGCCUUCGCCGCGGCCCACCUGCUCUAUCUCUGGGCCUUUGGCCUGACGCCCCUGCAGCCCGGCCUCCUGCUCCUGGUCAUCCCGGCCGCUCUCCCGUACUACAGCCUCCUGCUUUGGCACCUCCCGCCCGACCUGGUCCUGCCCCUGACGGCUUACUCCUUGGCCCUGGCCACCAUGCUGUGGCGUGGCCUGGCCAGGGGCGGGAGUGCUGGCUGGGGCGCGCUGCUCUUCACGCUUUCGGAUGCCAUGCUGACCUGGAACGCCUUUGCCCAGCCCCUGCCCCACGCCCGCCUGGUGGUCAUGACCACGUAUUAUUCCGCCCAGGUCCUCAUCUCCCUGUCGGUCUCCCAGAGCCCCAAGCUCAAGCCCAACUGACAGGGCGCUGAGGCGGGCAGGUGUUUGCCCCUCUCCUCCUGCAAGGCCCUGGGACCCCCAGAGCAGCAAGGCCAGAGAAGCACCGUCGAGGGCGAAAGUCAGGCUCCCAGACAACUCUCUGCCGGGGCCCGUCCAUGCGGAGACAGAACCGUUUGCGGAAAUGGGAAUCCCCCGCCUUCCCACCACCUCCCCUCGGUUCUGAGUCUGGAUUCCAGGCCCACGGUGGGCCCCCUGUGGCCCCAGGGGGCCGCGGCCAGGCCUGCGUCUGCUCUCUGGCCCUGAUCUCUUUUUCUGUUGCCUCGGUAACGUGGGCGUCGGAACGUCAACAUCUCUGUUGUUUGGGGAGGGUUGCGGGAGGAGGAGGUGAUCCCAGGAACAGCAAAUGGUCCUUUUCCCCCAAAAUGUACCAUUUUCAGCA